CAUCACCACCUUAACAAUAUGUUUUGAUUUCCAUAUCCCCAGUUCAAUGUCUUGCCUUUAAUAGUCAAAUAGCCAUGUUUUAUAUCAUUUUAGAUGGCUUGAAGAAGAAGAAGACGCUGAUUAGAUCAGGUUUCUUAUUCUAUACCGUAAAAUCCUUGACUCCCCAACAACUUCACACAAACACCCAAAACAUAUGUGAAAAUGUGAGAGCACUCUGUAAGCAGGGCCAAUUGGCAGAAGCACUCUAUGUUUUGCAUAAUGUAAUGGACAAGAGAGCCAUUCAACCAGACUCUUAUGCCUAUUCUUCUCUCUUACAGGCCUCCUUGAGAUUGAAAUCUAUAACACAAGCAAAAAUAAUCCAUGCUCAUUUGAUUUUAACAGGAAUUCGGAUUGAUAUAUACUUAGGAAACCAGAUUGUGACUACUUACGCAAAGUGUGGAAGAUUGGCUGAUGCGCAUAGAGUUUUAACCCAGUUGCCUUUAGUUGAUGAAGUCUCAUUUACUGUUAUGGUUUCAGCUUAUACAAAGCAGGGGUAUGCAUUGGAGGCCUUAAAAGUGUUUUGUGAAAUGCAGAGAGUAGGAAUUAGGCCUGAUUCAUUUACUUUAAGUGCCGUUCUUUCGGCUUGCAUUAAGAUGGCAUCUCUGCAGCUGGGUAGGGAAGUCCAUGAAAACAUAAUUAGAAGUGGGUAUCAAUCUGAUGUUUUUGUGGGGAGUGGACUUGUGGACAUGUAUGUAAAAAUUGGGAGUAUAGAAGAUGCACGCAAAUUGUUUGACAAAAUGCCUGAAAGAGACGUUGUGUUUUGGACUUCCAUGAUUGCUGGUUAUGCACGGGAAGGGGAUGUUGAUAAAGCUUCGAAGUUGUUUGAGAAGAUGCCUGAAAAGAAUGUGGUCUCGUGGACUGCUAUUGUCGUGGCAUGUGCGAGAGGUGGGUAUCUUGAGGAAGCCCGUGAACUGUUUGAAAGAAUGCCUGAAAGGAAUGUGGUUUCUUGGAAUGCUAUGAUUUCGGGAUAUGCUCAGAAUGGUCGAGUAGGAAUUGCCUUGGAUCUGUUUUGGAAGAUGCCCGAGAGAAAUGUGGUAUCUUGGAAUGCAAUGAUUGCAGGAUAUGAACAGAAUGGAUGUUUUGUCGAAGCUGUAGAACUUUUUAAGCAAAUGGUAUCUAGAGGGGUGAAAUCGGAUCCUGAUACGUUUGCUAGUGUGAUACCAGCUUGUGCCCAGUUAGCUUCUCUGCAACAGGGGAAGGAGAUCCAUGAAGACGUAAUUCGAAGUGGAUUUCAAUUCGAUGAAUUUGUCGGGAGUGCUCUUGUAGACAUGUAUGCUAAAAGUGGGUGCAUAAAAGAUGCGCGCAAGAUGUUUGAUAAAAUGCCAAGGCAAAAUAGGGUUUCAUGGACAGCCAUGAUUGUAGGAUAUGCCAUGCAUGGGAGCAACGAGGAAGCCCUCCAUCUUUUUGAACAGAUGCAGGGUUCUGGUACUAAGCCUAAUGGUGUAACAUUUGUUGGGGUUCUAUCUGCUUGUUGUCAUGCCGGCCUAGUGGAUAAUGGGUGGCAAUACUUUAACAGCAUGAGUAAGGAUUAUGGGAUAGAGCCUAGGUUGGAGCACUAUUGUUGUAUGGUUGACCUACUUGGCCGUGCGGGGCAUCUUGAAGAGGCAAAACACUUUAUCCACGAAAUGCCAUUAAAACCCAAUGCUAGUGUAUGGGUAACCUUGCUUGGUGCUUGUAGAGUCCAUAACAAUAUAAAGCUAGCAGAAUAUGUGGCCAAAAAACUUACUGAUUUGGACCCUAUGAAUUCUACACAUUAUGUGCUUUUGUCCAAUAUUUAUGGAGCAGUUGGCAGGUGGGAUGACAUGGAAAAGGUGAGAAACUUGAUGAAAGACAAGGGAGUUAAAAAAGUUCCAGGAUGCAGCUGGAUUGAGAUUAAGGACAAGUUGUUUCCAUUCUUUGUAGGACAUACCUCGUACUCACAACCAGAAGAAAUUUGAGCAAAGUCAUACUGUUUAUCUGGACAGAUUAAGGAAGCAUGGUAUGCGCCUGACAUGAAUUUUGGUCAGCAUAAUGUGGAAGAAUAGAAGGAAUAGACUAUGCUACCAUGGUGAGAAGUGGAAAUGGUUAUUCAGUCAUUAAGAUGCAUCAUAAUAAAUAACUGAAGUUUUGAUUUUUCAUUAAUGAAGGCUGCUGUUAUUCAUUCGAAAGAAUGGAUAAUAAACAAACUGCAAAUAAUCUUGAACAAAAAGCUGACAAUUAAAUUUGGGAUCGCCAAAUUAAAUUUUGGUACAUCACAUCAAGUUAUCAAGAUUAUUUGAGGAUGGGUUAACCGUAACACAGCAACCAAGUUCAUUUCAAAGGUUAUGGCACAAGACAACAGUAUGAGUUAUGUUGGUAGUUUCUACAUUUCAGGUGGAAAGUUUUCUUGCGGGGAUUAUUGGUGAUGCUAAAUGCAAAAAGCGACAAGUUUAAUACUACAUAAAAACAAGGAGUAUUAGAACACGAUGGAACAUCUUGAGCAUGGAUGGCUGGGUACUCUAACUUGACAUUUCAGAUUACUGUAUUAUGAAACGGAGGCAUAGGACUGCGUGAUUGAAUCUCCAUAACAAUCGGUACCAAGAAAAGUUGGAGAUUGCAAUAUCGCAGUAAGAAUUCCUAGCCUAUGCAGCGGAAAGAGCCUCACCAAUGCUAUAAAUCACUAAACUGUCGAAACAUUGCGGACUUAAAUCCAUAAAUACAUUGAUAAUAUCUUGGAAAGGAAAAAAAAAGAAGUUUUGGAUGGAAUUUGACCAGCGAGGAUUCGUAGGCCAGCUUCUCAUUCUUGAUCUAGGUUCAAAGUCAAUUUAUUCAUCCUCAAGAUUUUUACCCUGGGAUCUGCUUAGAGAGUAAUUAAUGUUCUGAUUUAAGAGCUGAACAAUUUGUGAUUGAAAAUCUCUGUUCGAUCA